ACUUUUUUCAGUAAACAAGCGGAAGAAUACAAAGUGAGAUCUACAAUUUGUUAUGGAGAAGAUACAGUUGAUGAUGCCACAUUUGCGAAUUUCAAUUUUGAUGAACGUUUACUAAAGGCAGUUGCUGAAAUUGGAUGGGAAAAACCUACACAGAUUCAGCAAAAUUUGAUUCCUCUCAUACUGGAAGGGCAAAAUGUUUCUGCGAGAGGUAGAACAGGGAGUGGUAAAACUGGAGCUUUUAUGCUUCCAGUUAUUCAAAAGAUCAUCCAGCUCACCAGUGUUAGCCCUUUUGCUUUGUUCGUCACUCCUUCAAAAGAACUAGCGGCACAAGUUUUUAAACUGCUCCAACAGUUGACGUCAACUUUUCCUUUUUUACUGUCGAAAAACUAUGCUGCUCUUGAUUCUUCAGACGAAGAAGAAAGACCCGAUCUUUUGGUUUCAACACCAGGUCGUUUACUGCGAGUGUUAGAAAAGUGUAAUGGCUUUUGUGCUGAAGUUAGAUGUGUUGUUUUGGAUGAAGCUGAUCUGCUUCUUUCUUACGGAUACGAGGAAGAAAUGAAGAAAAUUAAAACUUUUCUGCCUCCUCAUUACCAAGCAGUCUUUACUUCUGCAACAUUGUCUGAGGAUUUCAGUGUUUUAAAGACGACUUUUGCCAAUGGUCCUGUUGUAACUCUUAAACUUAAGGAAAGUCAACUUCCAGACAACAAACAGCUUUUACAAUACUUUGUAAACUGCCAGAGCGACGAAGAACGUUUUACUGUAUUCAUUGCUCUGAUAAAAUUAAAGCUUUUGGUUGGCAAAACAAUAGGAUUAAUUGUUGUUAUUUCAAGAUGUGAUGUCUUAACUUUCAGGCUUGGAUUAUUUUUACAAGCUUUUAAAAUAUGGUCGUGUAUUUUAAACUCGAAUAUGCCUGUGAACAGUCGUUGUCACAUUGUGCAAGAAUUCAAUGAAGGGAAAUACAAUUUUGUUAUCGCUUCAGAUAUUAGUGAUAUGUUUAUGGCUAAAAGUUUGGAGGAUGAGCAAGGCGGAAAAACGGUGAAAGGAAAAAAAAUAGAUAAAGAGUCUGGUGUUUCAAGGGGAAUUGAUUUUCAUCAAGUGUCCAAUGUCAUCAAUUUCGACUUUCCACAGUCAACUGACUUAUAUAUACACAGAGUAGGAAGAACUGCUCGUGGAUGGAAUACUGGCACUGCUCUAUCGUUUGUUGGCCCGAAAGAGAAAGAGUUUUUUGAAGUAGUACACAGUGGACUUAAAAAACAGAUGGGUCAUGAAAUUAUUGUGCCAUACGAAGUUCGUAUCAAGGAACUGGACUCGUUUUUAUUAAGGACGCGGGAGGCGUUAAGGGCGUGCACUAGAUCUGUUAUAAGGGAAGCACGGUUAAAUGAGAUUCGCCAAGAAAUUUUGCGGUCAAAGAAACUUGAGGGAUAUUUUAUUAAAAACCCUCGCGAAAAGAUAGCUUUGGAACAUGACAAGAAGAUUGUGUUAUUGCUUCUUGUAUUUUUCUUUUUUUUUAUAGUUCCUCCGUCACUGCGUGGCGGAAAUUUUAAACCCGUUCAGAAGAAAACGAACUGGCUUCGCAAGCGUUUAAAGUCUGAUCGGCCUGGAGAACAGAAGUACAAAAGAAAAAUGGAAGACCCGUUACAAAGUUUUUCCGUCUGA